UGUGACUGGAACUCUCGCGGGAAAAUCUGAAAUCAUGGCUGCAGGUCCAGCCUCUUUACAUCAGCGCCUAGAGACCUGUGCAGCGAAUGUGGGCUACAGAGGAAGGGUCAGGGGCCUCCCUAAAGAGGCGUCGGGCGGCGGAAAGGCAGCACACUUCCUACAGUGGCUGUGCGGGCAACUGGUCCCAGCCAAUGCCUUUUCCCAGUCAGAACUAGACAAGUUUGAGGAGAUGAAGAAAACGGGUGUGGUACUUGAGGGGGCUGAGUUGAGAGAGGCUCUGGGGAAAAUCGAGGGCUGCAGUGGUAGUGAGGGAAAGACAAUGGAGCAAUUGAGGGCAGAAAUCUCGUGUCUGGAGCAGUCAGUAUCAUCACUGAAGACUCAGCUCCAGAGCAUCAACAACAUCCAGACUACCCUCAGUGUUCACCAGGCUGGUCUACUGAAGGAGAGAGAGGAAGAGAGUCUGACUCACUCUCACACAGUCUCCUCCCACCAGACUGCUCUCCACACUGCACAACAAGACAAUGAGAUGGUGAACUCUGCUGUGGAGGGGCUCGGGUCUGCUGUAGACGAUGUCAUAUCUUUCCACCAACAUCCUCAGGGAGAGGAGGGAGGAGGUGGGGAGUUAUCUCUCUUCUCCCACACUUCUUCUGAGCACUACUCAUCAGCAGAGGACGCCUACCUCACCGAGCUGACUGCCUACACCAAGAAACAGUUCUUUCAGGGUAUAGCAGUGAUGGCGCACACAUCAGGUGAGGAUGAGGACGGACUGGUAGACCUCAAUGACCCUGCCAAUAUACUCAUGAGAGGUCCCUCCAGUGAGCAAUACAGCAGUCAUUGUCGGGAGCUGACCAGACUAAAGAAUCUGUACCCGGUGGUGGAGUCCCAGAGAGUCAGUGAUAUACUGGCAGAGGAGUAUGCUGAGGCAGUGUGCAGGAGAGCAGAGGAGCUGGUGAGUGAGUUGAGGGACACCUCCUCCCCACUGGACUCCUCCCUCCUCAGACAGCACAUAGGAGAGAGACGGGGCCAGUUGAGUCACCUCCAGUCAGAGACCUGUCACCUGGCCCGCCAGCAGCUGCCCAAUCUCAUCCAUGACGUGGCCACGCUGGAGAUAUCCACCAUUCUGCACGGAGACUACAGCCUCAAGAUGGCUCGUCAGGACUACUUCACCUCCAAACAGGACACGGUGAUAUCUUACCUGUUGAGUCAGACGGCCAGACAGGAGCUGCUCUCAAUGCUCUACGAGGUGGAGCUGAGGCGGCACAGGGACACCCACAGACUCCUCUCUGCUGCAGCCUCUCAACUACUCUCCUGGGGCUCCUCUGCUGACAGCAGACUUGAGGCAAUGAAGAGCAGUAGUCUCCAGCCAGUGAAGGAACCAAGACUAACUGUUGACUCCAGAGACAAGUUUGCCCUCAGAAUGUGCUCUAUACUAGGUGUGUCAGCCUCGGGCCCAGGUCAACUGCUAACCCACAGUUCUCUGGAGAGGGCAGUGGGGCAGCUGGUCCAGCAGACGGUGUCACUGGAGGCCCUGCUGACAGCUCUCCUGUCUGAGCAGCAACACACUGUAUACGAAAUGGUGACUAUCUCUGAAAUGCUGGGAAAGCAGGUAUUUGGUGGUUCUAGUGGACAACCACAGCUGAGCCUCAAGGAGUACGAGGAAGAGUGCUCUAAACUGGAGGGAAUCCUGAGUACCAUGGAACAAAACAUCAAGAAACUCCUUGCUGACUUUGACACUAAGAAAAAGUGUCUGCAGGGAAAUGAGCUGAUAGACAGAGAACGGAGGCUGUUUGUGUCCUUCUUCACCGACCCGGCCCAGCUGACCAGGGAGAUCACUGACCUCAGUAGGAGAGUCAACGCAAUAGCUACAGCUAGAAAAUCUGCCUCCACAUGACACACAAUUGGCACACAAGUUACAAUCACACAGUUACUCGUGACACACAACUUAACAGUCGUCAAAGUAUUGUGUAUAUAACUGCUAACUAAAAUUCUUACAUAAAUCCCUCAUGGCAAACAAAAUUGGAGACACUUAGAGAGCGCUGCCUUGUGUCAGUGCAAUACAUAAUACAUUAAUUUUAAUGAUAAAACAAAUCUACUGCACAAACACAGUUCUUGCCAUAAUAAUGUGCAAUCAAUAAAUAAUCCAACCUCUGCUAGUAAAAUACAUAAACUAUGGAUGUGAGCCAGUGGAAGAUCAUGACGAAUGUACAGUAGCCAUGGUACAACGUGGGGCAGCUAUGGUGUCUUAUGCCUGCAGUUGUCUGCCACCACCUCUGGAGUUUUUGGCCAAGGUGUACUUGUGACUUGCCGUCUCUUCUUCUUUCAACCGAGUCUUCAGGUCUUGCAGGUGCUCUCCAAACUUUGUGAGUCUGUCAAGUUUCUGUCCGUAGAUCCUCUCGAGGGUCUGGACACACACGUCAAUGUCGUGGUCCACGACAUUGACUGCCUCCAGAACCGCCUCCUGCUCCUCCAGUAACUGUCUGUCCUCCUGUAUGAGAGUGUAUAGAUCUUCCACGAGCUGUUCCUCACUCUCCACUAUAUUGGAGCAUGCCUGCUGGAACGUUAUCAUCUCCUUGCUCCUAUCCAAUUCAUCAUCCUUCUGGGAAUAAUCACACGUACUUAUAUAUUAAUACAUGCAAUAGGCUACUUUGCUUUCUUUUAUUUUGUGAAAUUACCCUCAAAGAUAGUGACCGUACAAAUCUACAUUCGCCCAAUGCACCUCGAUGUAUUCUUCAUCACUGUCGCCCUGACCAGCGGGCAGAGCAUCCAGAGGAGGUGACUCUGCCAUUACUACCUCCUGCCCCCCUCCUCCCCCU